AAUGAACGUGGCUGCCGGGCUUAUCGAACAUCAAAGACGAGAAAUCGCGAGUAGGAUGAAUGGUAGCCCGCUGCUAAGCCGGCUACAGUUGUAAUCCAGUGCAACGGCGAGCGGUAUCGCGCGGAGAGACAUGCCACCCGUCAAAACUCUCGUCCUUUUGGCGGUCGUUCUGUUAGCGUACGCAUAUUCCCAAAACACAUUGCUGAAUGACAUGGAAAAGAUCAAGUUUGUGCUCAGGAUCAUCCAUGAACCUGCCACGUUCAAUUUGUACACCAGGGAAAAUCCGUUCGGGGAAGAGCAGUUGUUUCUGAACAACACCGAGGUCCUUUACGCGUCCCAUUUCAACGAAAGUCGUCCGACCAAGUUCAUUGUUCAUGGAUUUAGUGACACUGGGAACGAAGUCUGGGUACGAGGCUUGAUAGAUGCGUAUCUACUUCACGAAGAUGUGAACGUGAUAGUGGUCGGAUGGGGAGUUUUGGCGGCUGACCUUUACCCAGUAGCGGCGAACAACACGAAGAAGGUGGGCAAAUUUCUCGGAGACUUUCUGGAAUUUCUGAAUCGCGAGUCGAAUCUCGAGUACAAGGACGUUCACAUCAGCGGUCACAGCUUGGGUUCACACGUGGCUGGGUUCGCUGGUGCCUACCUGGAUGGACGUAUUGGCAGAAUAACAGGCCUAGAUCCAGCCAGUCCACUGUUCGAGACGAUCUCCGGCCCCGUCGAGCCAGAAUUCAGAUUAGAUCCAACCGACGCUCAAUUCGUGGACGUGAUUCACACGAGCGGGGCUGCAUUUGGAUUUUUGGCCCCGCUUGGCCACGCCGACUUUUAUCCCAACAAUGGAAAGUUCCCGCAACCAGGAUGCUCCUUCCUGCCGACCUCAACUUACUGCAGCCAUUCGCGAGCCCAUCAGUUCAUGACGGAGAGUAUAGGUAGCACGGCUGGUUUCAAAGCUAGAACCUGCGAGAAUUGGGAGAAUUACAAAGAGGGACGUUGCGAUUACAAUCCGGUUGUACUGAUGGGAGAGUACGCGUCCACGUCACUGAGAGGAAAGUUUUACUUGACAACGAACGACGCGCCUCCAUUCGCAGUAGAGUGAAGCGAGAAUGGACGGUUUUGGAAACGUGACGAUCGUGUAUUCGCGGCAUCAAAAUGAUCUGUACUAGUCAUUUACAACUUACAUUAUUUAUGCAGUGUGCGACAGUUUCAUCCGAAUUCUAUAUUGUUUCUAUAUGUUUUUUUCUCUCUCUUUUUUUUUUUCUUUUAAUAUUAAUCGGACGAACGAAAUCAAAGUCGAACUGCUAUCGUUUCACGUCGUACAAGAAAAGUACAAAUUAUAUUAAUUAAAAUGGCAAUGUACGUUGACGACACGUCUUUCUCGUUCGCGUACUUUCGCGGGACGAGACGGUAAUAAAUAUUGUAUUGGUUACUAUGAAA